AUGAAAUCGGAUGUAUUGAAAUUAUUUCGAACGGCUAUUGAUGCUGUUGAUCCAUAUACAUGUGUUAAACAUCAUCUUGUUUUUAAUAAUCAUUCAAAUAAUGGAAUAACAGAAUUACAUAUUGGAAAUAAUCAUAUCAUACUUGAUCAUAAUCUUUAUAUUGCGGCAUUUGGAAAAGCAGCUAUAGGUAUGUGUCGAGCUGUAGAUGAACUUUUUCAUGAGCAUAUCAUCAAAGGUAUUGCAAGUGUUCCUGUUGGUGCUGAACAUAAUUUACCCGAUCAAGCAGCAAUGAAUACUGCUCAACAUAUUCAAACAAUGAUUUCAAAUACAAUGUGUGCUGAUGAUAUUUUCUUAGUACUCAUUUCAGGUGAUAUAUUGUAG